GAAACUAGUGCACUUCUCCCUGGAAUUCACAUAUUUUUCUUUGAAUUUUUUGGCUAUCUUAGUUACUGAUUUGGAUGGUUAGGUCUCAAGUUCAUAUCCCCUGCUUUUGUUUUUUUACGAGCUACUCUGCGAAAAAAUAGAAACAUGAAUGCAUUUUCCAAGACUGGAAAUUAUUGACAUUGAAUUGGUACCCAAUUUAAGAGUGACCAAACGGUUUUCCAAAUCCAAUUUUUCCACAAUAGAGUGAAGCAAAAGAUAUGGCCCGAAACUGGCGUUGCGCGUCGCCUCAACCUGGUGAAUGGAUGAAGGGAAAACUUGUUGGAUCCGGAUCAUUUGGAGUCGUACACUUGGCAAUGAACAAGGCCACUGGGGCGCUUUUUGUGGUGAAGUCCGCACAAUCCGAGGCCGGACUUCGGUCCCUUGAGAAUGAGGCUAACAUCCUUGAGAGUUUGAACUCUCCCCAUAUUGUACAUUGCAUAGGGAGGGAGUCAAAUGGGGCUAAUGGUGGGAAGGAAUUCAAUCUCUUCUUGGAGUACGUGGCGGGAGGAAGUUUAUCCGAUGUGGCGGAGAAAUUCGGAGGGGCGUUGGAUGAGAGAGUGAUUCGAUUGUACACGAGGGAGAUUCUUUUGGGUUUGAAGCAUCUUCACAAGAAUGGAAUCGUGCAUUGCGAUCUCAAGUGCAAGAAUGUGCUCUUGGGAUCAUCUGGAGAUGUCAAAUUGGCAGAUUUUGGAUGUGCGAAGAGGCUAAAUUGCUCGAAAACUAAUGGGGGUUCAAUGCAAUCGUCUAAGUCUUUUGCUGGGACUCCCUUGUGGAUGGCUCCGGAAGUUUUGAGGAAUGAAGGGUUUGAUUUUGCAGCCGAUAUUUGGUCUCUUGGCUGCACGGUUAUUGAAAUGGCUACCAGUAGGCCUCCUUGGGGCGACGAGGCUUUGAAUCCAAUGGCUUUCAUGAUGAAGAUUGCACGUAGCAAUGAGAUACCACAGUUUCCACAUGAAUUCUCAAAAGAAGGGCUCGAUUUCUUGGCAAAAUGCUUGGAGAGGAAUCCCAAAAAGAGGUGGAAAACUGAAGAACUACUUAACCAUCCAUUCAUUUUGGGGACAUUGGAGAGAGGGAGUUUCAAAAAGGAGGAAUGGGCUUGCUCGCCAGCAAGUAUAUUGGAUGUUGGAAUUUGUGAGGAAGGUUAUGAAUCCGAUGAAUCGGUUGGAGGAGAGUUUAGAAAAAGAAUUCCAUUUUCAUCACGGUGUUGUGAGGAAAGAAAGAGUAUAAUGCCAUGGAAGCAUCAGCCGGAGAGUGACUUUUUGUUGUCGGGAAAUUGGAUUACUGUUAGGUCAGGUUGAAGACUAAUUUUGUGUACAAUUUCAAAAGAGAUGUUUGUAAUGUAGAAGUAUUAGACA